AUGUCUAGCGAUUCCACCGGACUCUCCCCCAUGGAAGCCAUGAGCCUGUCCGAGCACUCCAUCAACCAAAAGCGCGGAAACCCGCUCGACUCCUUCCUCGAAGGCCCCGUAUUAGUGUCCGACCUGAACUGCCUCUUCGUGACGUUGUGGCAAUAA